GAGGCGGUUCUGCACUCAGCCCUGAGCUCUGAAAGUAGCCUGCACACCUAUGACAUCGUGGUUGUGGUCAUCUACUUUGUCUUCGUCAUCGCUGUGGGGAUCUGGGCAUCAAUCCGUGCAAACCGAGGGACCAUUGGUGGUUAUUUCCUGGCAGGCAGGUCCAUGAGUUGGUGGCCGGUGAGUGCCCUCACACAUCCCCCUACCCACAUCCCCCUGUCAUCUUCUCUUGCCUGAGCCAAGGUACCAGCCUCCCAUUGGGGUUCCCAAUUCUAGACUCCUCUGUCACCCUAAUCUACCCCACACUCCAAGUGGCCUUAAUAACACAGCUUGACAAGCCCCACUAGAACCUUCUGAGUGUGGGUCGUAGGCUUUUUCUAGACCCACAGAAAUAGAGCUAGAGUGUCCCUACCCUAGAGUAGCUCAGAGCUGAGUGGACAGACGGACUCAUGAACAACAUGAUUAAGCUGGGCUAGAUGAAACCCUCGGGGUCUCUUAAGAGCUUCAAGGUUGCCCCUGCACUGGGCAGUAGGCUGCAGUUUUGGGGGGUAAGCUCCUUGGGAAGGAGCCAUUGAAUAAAUAGUCAAGUGAGGAGAUUGAGGAGCACAGUCCCUGACUCCACAUGAAACUAAUCCCUCAAGUGUUCCUCCUGUUCUAGCCCAUCAGACCACCCCACAUUUCUACUGGUCCUCGAAACUCAAUAGGAUGGAAGGAGGUGAGCCCUGUUUGGAAAACUAGUAGUGGACUCAUCAGUUCUGGUGGGAAAUGAAGCUGUGUGCACACUCAGGCUGUGUGCACACCCAGGCCUGCCAGCCUCACAUUCAUUCAUACACACUCAGGCACCCAUACACAUUCCUACAGGCCCACAUACACACACACUUGCACACUCACACAGUUUCCUACUCACACACUCACACAAUCGCACCCUCACACACACUCCCAUGCAGUCUUACACAUUUUCUCACACUCAUUCUUGCAUGUCCUCUUACAGUCACAUGCUUCUUACUCUCACGCUCACACACUCAUAGUCACGACCCCGCUCUCACACACUCCCUCCAGCACAUACUCUAGAGAACUAAACCCAUGGAAACAGCUCUGCUUAGCCAGGGACUCCCAAAGGGCAGUCCUGGAACCCACGUAGACACCAAGUACGAAGCUCAUCAGGACAGGCUGUUCUGUCCGGCUCAGAAGAAAGCCUAGGCCCUGCUGCCCAAGCUCCAGCCUGCAGAGGGCAGAGUGUCGGCCCAAGUGGGCCUGAAGAAAGCCAGGCUUCCAGCAGGAGCUGUCUCAGCAGGGCUCCCAGGGACCCAUGAGCCCCACACAGUAAGUGCAGUGUGCUGCUGCCACCCUUGGGGGACCAGUUGUGAACUGUGCCUCCGACACCUGAAGCUUAAUCUAACCUGAGCCAGGUUGGGUGCAGUUCCAACCCCAGAUGCCUGAAAUAAUUAACUCCAUGCUCAGUUCAGCACUAUUGCAGCAGCGUGCCCAGGGGUCUUUCUUGCCUGUGCUGACGCUGUGCCCCUGCAGAGUGUCCCAGCAAGGCUGUCAGCAGAAGAAUAGCAGCCAUCCCUGCUCAGAGAGGCCUGCGUGCUCCUCUUCUUCUUACCUUCCACAUCUCCUGGAUUAGGAGUGGGGCGUCCCGGGGAGGGUGAGAUGGGCAUGCCUCGUUCCUAGGAGAACCUUCUCUCCCGCAGCAGGGACCAUGCACUCUCUCUUCUGGCCCAAGGCUCCAGUCCAUCCCUACCAUCACCGUCGGGCCACCAGAGAGUGAGAGUAUAAAUGCAUGCAAAUGUCUGCAUGUGUGUGUAACAGAAUAUGUGUAAGUAUGUGUAGGUAUGUGCAUGCGAAUGUAUGUAUGUGAGUGUGCACAUGUGUAAGCAUAUGUACCUAUAUGGAAUGUGUGUGAAUGCAAGUUAGGUGUAUAAGUGCAUAUGUGAGAGCAAGUAUACAUGAGUGUAUGUGUAUACAUGUGGGUUUUCCUGUGUGAGUACAUGUGCAUGUGUGAACAUGCGUAUGUGAGUGUGCAGAUGCAAGCAAGGGAGUGCAUGUGAGUGUAUAUGUGUGAAUGUGUGUGCGUGCGUGUGUGCACAUAUGUGUGUGCACAUGUGUGUGUGCAUGUGUGUGUGUGCACAUGUGUGUGUGCACUUGUGUGUGUGUGAGCAGCACAAGGGACUCAGCAAGGUAGGGUCCCUCGCUUCCACACCUUUGCAUGCCCUGCCACUUCUCAUCUGAAUGCCUCAGCCUUCAGACUUCUUACAGCCAGCCCCUCCCUACACCCUGGAAGAAUGCACACUGGGAAAGAAUGCACCCAGGUUCUUGGAUGCUGCAGGUGAGGCUGUGUGAGAGGAAAUGAUUCUACCGAGGAGUCACAGGGUACAAAGCUGAGCACCCAGGCCUGCCCCAAGGCCUCCCCAGCCUCAGAGCCCCACCUCUGCCCCCUCCUCCCUCUCAGUGCUGGAUUCCAUCUAAUAAUAAGCACUAACAUGGAGUAACUUCUUAGCAGGGGCUUUGCACAGUGGUUAUGGGAGCCAGACAGCCAAGACUUUAAUCUUCACUUGGUCACUUGGAAAAGUUUCUUAUCAAUGCCUCGGUUUGCUCAGAAGUAAUAUGUGGAAAACUGUGAUAGUUUUCUGCUACGGCUACAAAUACCUAAGAUGAUUAACUUGUGAAAAAAGGAAUAUUUCUUUCCACCUUCCCCCUCAUCCCAUGGCUAGGGAGUAAGAAGAAAAGAGGAUUCUCUCCAAGGGUCACCUCCAACGACCUGUGGCUUCUCACCACCUAACACAGCAAUGACAGUACCUGCCUUUAUCGGGUUGUUAUGAGGAUUAACUGAGCUUAUAUGUCCAGUGCUUGGCAAUACAGUAUUGGAGCAUCUCUGAUGUCCAGCAAUGUGGGCAGUGGCUUGUUCAUUGGCCUGGCUGGCACAGGGGCUGCUGGGGGCCUCGCUGUGGGUGGCUUUGAGUGGAACGCAACCUUCCUGCUUGUGGCCCUUGGUUGGAUCUUUGUCCCUGUGUACAUUGCAGCUGGUGUGGUCACUAUGCCACAGUACCUCAAGAAGCGAUUUGGGGGUGAAAGGAUCCAGGUGUAUAUGUCUGUCCUGUCUCUCAUCCUCUACAUCUUCACCAAGAUAUCGACUGACAUCUUCUCUGGAGCCCUCUUCAUCCAGAUGGCUUUGGGCUGGAACCUCUACCUCUCCACAGGGAUCCUGCUGGUGGUGACAGCUAUCUACACCAUCACAGGGGGCCUCACGGCCGUGAUCUACACAGAUGCUCUGCAGACAGUGAUCAUGGUAGGGGGAGCCCUAGUCCUCAUGUUUCUAGGCUUUCAGAAGGUAGGCUGGUACCCAGGCCUGCAGCAGCUCUACAGCCAGGCCCUUCCUAAUGUCACAGUCCCCAACACCACUUGUCACCUCCCACGGCCAGAUGCCUUCCACAUGCUUCGUGACCCCGUGAGCGGGGACAUUCCCUGGCCAGGGCUCAUUUUUGGGCUCACAGUACUGGCUACCUGGUGUUGGUGCACAGAUCAGGUCAUUGUGCAGAGGUCUCUGUCUGCCAAGAAUCUGUCCCAUGCCAAGGGAGGCUCAGUGCUGGGGGGCUACCUGAAAAUCCUCCCCAUGUUCUUCAUCGUCAUGCCUGGCAUGAUCAGCAGGGCCCUGUACCCAGAUGAGGUGGGCUGUGUGGAUCCUGAUGUCUGCCAAAGAGUGUGUGGGGCCCGCGUGGGAUGUUCCAACAUCGCCUAUCCCAAGCUGGUCAUGGCUCUCAUGCCCAUAGGUCUGCGGGGCCUGAUGAUCGCGGUGAUCAUGGCGGCCCUCAUGAGCUCCCUCACCUCCAUCUUCAACAGCAGCAGCACCCUGUUCGCCAUCGACGUGUGGCAGCGUUUCCGCAGGAGGGCCACAGAGCAGGAGCUGAUGGUGGUGGGCAGGGUGUUUGUGGUGUUCCUGGUGGUCGUCAGCAUCCUCUGGAUCCCCAUCAUCCAGAGCUCCAGCAGUGGGCAGCUCUUCGACUACAUCCAGUCUGUCACUAGCUACCUGGCACCGCCCGUCACUGCCCUCUUCCUGCUGGCCAUCUUCUGCAGGAGAGUCACAGAGCCUGGAGCCUUUUGGGGCCUCAUGUUUGGCCUGGGAGUGGGCCUUCUGCGCAUGAUCCUCGAGUUCUCUUACCCAGCCCCAGCUUGUGGUGAGGUGGACCGGAGGCCAGCCGUGCUGAAGGACUUCCACUAUCUGUACUUUGCCCUGCUUCUCUGUGGGCUCACUGCAAUCGUCACUGUCAUCAUCAGCCUCUGUACGACACCCAUCCCUGAGGAAAAGCUCACUCGCUUGACCUGGUGGACACGAAACUGCCCCACCUCUGAGCUGGAGAAGGAGGCCUGCGAGAGCCAGAGCGAGAGGGAGAGUGUGCCAGGGAGGUCUGAGAGACUGGGCCAGGAGAGCCUCUCAGGAAGAGUCGCCCCAGGGAACUGCAGCCAGGGCCCAGAGCAGCCCGGAGACCCAGCUCUGGCCGCGUCUAAAGCUUGUGGAAUGGGAAAAGAAGCCUGUGAGCCUGAACUUAGUACAGGAAAAGCAGCUAACCGGAGAGGGAAGAAUGACUUCAACAUGUCUCCUGGAGACAAAGAAGAGGCCAGAGCCAUUCCUAGAGGAGCAGGGAAGGAUGAAUGCUCCCUGUGGGUAGAGGCACCCAGGGAAGGAAAAGGAGGCACCUGGAGGACCAGAACCCACGCCAAGCCUGACCAGACAUCCUGCCACAAGGAAGAAGCUUCAUUGGGUGGGAGUGGGCUGCCUUGUGGACCACGACAGCCACUGUUUGGCUUGGGGAAAGGGUUUUAAAGGGUUGUUCUUGGGAGGGGUCUCUGCGGGUGACCCAGUUGCGAGCAGCAGAAUGUGACAGAGUCAUCAUCAGCUACCCUCCUGGGUAGGGUUGACUUUUGAGGCUGGAACAGUUCUGAAAAGUUUCUUUUCUUGCAACCCAAGCAUGAAUAUGCUCCGGGGGGAGGCUGACCCUUUAGCACUGAGUCAACCAUAAAGCCUCAAGAAAGAAUUCCACGCUCCAUGUCCUUCUAUC